CGCCUCACGGUGAAUUGCACCUAUUUAACAUUCAAGCCUGAGCAGCCGCAGGUUGUUGCGCAAGCGCGGCCCAUUGAGAACGCCUGAAUGCCGAGAGAGGGGAGCACUGGGAGCGCCGCUGGGAGCGAGCUAGUCUGGAAGAAGCUACAGUGGGAGCGAGAGUACGGGCGGAUCCGGAGUAGCUCAGCGGAGCCGGGAAGGCCGACAUGGACGGGCCACCGCCGCCGCGCGAGGACAGAACCCGGGUCCCGGACCGCGUGACCCUGAAGAAGGAGAUCGGCUUGCUGAGCGCCUGCACCAUCAUCAUCGGGAACAUCAUCGGCUCGGGCAUCUUCAUCUCGCCCAAGGGCGUUCUGGAGCACUCGGGUUCGGUGGGCGUGGCCCUGCUGGUGUGGACGCUGGGCGGGGGCGUGGCGGCUCUGGGCUCGCUGUGCUACGCCGAGCUGGGCGUGGCCAUCCCCAAGUCGGGCGGCGACUACGCCUACGUCAGCGAGAUAUUCGGAGGCCUCGUGGGGUUCCUGUUACUGUGGAGCGCCGUGCUGAUCAUGUACCCGACCACGCUGGCCGUCAUCGCGCUCACCUUCUCCAGUUACGCGCUGCAACCCGUCUUCCCCGAGUGUGCGCCGCCGUACGCCGCCAAGCGGGUGCUGUCGGCCACCUGCCUCUUGCUGCUGACGUGGGUGAACUGCUGCAGCGUGCGCAUGGCCACCAGGAUCCAAGACGUGUUCACAGUUGGUAAGCUGCUGGCGUUGGGCCUCAUCAUUGCGGUGGGUGUGGUCCAGAUCUUCAAGGGGAACUUUGAGGCGCUGACUCCUCAGGUGGUCUUCUCCAUGGACCGGACCCCUUCGGUGGGCCAGAUGGCGCUGGCCUUCCUGCACGCCUCCUUCGCCUUCAGUGGAUGGAACUUCCUCAACUACGUGACGGAGGAGGUGGUGGAUCCCAGAAGGAACCUCCCUCGCGCAAUCUACAUCUCCAUCCCGCUGGUGACGCUGGUCUACACGCUGACCAACAUGGCGUACUUCUCGUCCAUGUCUUCUGACGAGCUGCUUUCUUCCAACGCCGUCGCUGUCACGUUCGGAGAGAAGCUGCUGGGCAUGUUCUCCGUCAUCAUGCCCAUCUCCGUAGCGCUGUCCACUUUUGGUGGCAUCAACGGCUACCUGUUCACUUCGUCAAGGCUGUGUUUCUCGGGCGCGAGAGAGGGUCACCUGCCUCGCCUGCUGGCCAUGAUCCACGUCACCAAGUGCACGCCCAUCCCUGCUCUCUUGGUCUGCUGCACAGCCGCCAUGGUGAUCCUGUGCAUCGGGGAGACACACAACCUGAUUAACUGCGUGUCGUUCAUCAACUACCUUUCGUAUGGCGUCACCAUCGCUGGCCUUCUCUUCCACCGCUGGAAGAAGCCCAACCUCUACCGCCCCAUCAAGGUGCAUUUGGUGGUGCCGUUGUGCUACCUGAUGUUCUGGGCACUGCUGCUGGGUUUCAGUCUUUACUCUGAGCCCCUGGUGUGUGGUGUGGGCCUGGUUAUCAUGCUUACCGGUGUGCCCGUCUACUUUCUGGGCAUCCACUGGAAAGCAAAACCAAAGUGCGUCAACCGCUUCAUUGAGACGGCGACCUUGGUGGGCCAGAGGUUGUGUUUGGUGGUCUUUCCGCAGUUGGAACCCAUCGAGGUGGCCGAGCCUUCCGAGCGGACGGACCCGUCAGCCAGUUCGUCCGCUGACUCCUAAAAAUCAAAAGCAUAUCUGUGUUUAGAUUUCAUGCAGGCAGCUUAUCCUGCGGUGUGCGUUAGCGUCACUGUGUGACAUUUACGGACUUCAGCCGACUCGACGCCUUCUCUUCCUUACAGACUUUUGCACGUUGUUUUAUUUCCCAACACACAAACUUGUUCAACUUGUUCAUGUUUCCAGCAUCUCCUCUACUGGAAGAUGGCGAAGUCACUCACACAGCAUCGUCUCGGUGGCCGCUGAGGUCUCAUCACACUCAAGUUUAGACAAUGUUUGCAGACAACUAUUGCUCACGUCAAAACAAGUGCAGCCAAACAUCCAAUUAAUCUGCUUUCUAGACAGCGCUUAGUCCAAGUUAGACUGCUGAGUUAGGCCACUGCUUUUGUCAGAUAGCCAGCUACUGCAGGUAACCACAUCAUCCAGCCCAGUCUUUCACAACCUUUAUUGAGCCAAGGCACAUACCUUACAUGAGAAAAAGCCCACGACAUACCACCAAACAAAAAUGAAACAAAAAAGUACAUAUUGCUGGCGGCGGCCGGAAUCGCCGUAUCUCCCAAACUGUCACUUUUCAGGAAAGAAAAAAAAACAUCUUUGUUGAGUCAUUAACAUUGCAAGAGAGCAAACCAUUUUCAAAACUCACAAUUAGUCAAUAAUUUGUAGACAUAACAUACACAGAUGGGGACAAACCAAUAGUAUUGCUUUUGCAAAUGAAAUAUGAAAUUGACCAAAUUUGGACAUAGGAGGUUUCGGCCCGACCCCAACGAUAUACUGAAAUAAUGAUUGUGUCUCAAUAUAUUGACAAAUGAAGUUAGCGCAACUGCUGCAUGAAUGGCAACAGGUGGAUACGCAGGUUCAGUGGACUUUCACUUGUUCUACUGUCACUAUAUGUUACUGGAAUAAAUACGAACAAAUUCAAAUAAAUCAAUACAAAAGUAAAGAAAUAAGUUUACCCUUAUGCUUGAACAUGGUGUUCGUUAUGGACAAUCCGUGGUGAGCACAUAAGUCCAAUAACAGAACACCACUCGGGUUCUGAUGGGGGGGGGGGGCGUUUUUCCCGAUCACGCCCUUCCAGGUAUCACUGUCAUUGCCCACGUGAGUAUUGAAUUCCCCCAGCAGAACGAUGGUGUCCCCAUCGGGAGCGCUCUCCAGUACCCCCUCCAAGGACUCCAAAAAGGGAGGGUACGCCAAACUGCUGUUUGGUGCAUAGGCACAAACAACAGUCAGGAACCGCCCCCCACCCGAAGGCGGAGGGAGGCUACCCUCUCGUCCACCGGGUUGAACCCCAAUGUACAGGCGCCAAGGCGGGGGGCAAUAAGUACACCCACACCUGCUCGGCACCUCUCACCGUGGGCAACUCCAGAGUGGAAAAGAGUCCAACCCCUCUCAAGAGGACUGGUACCAGAGCCCAAGCCGUGUGUGGAGGCGAGCCCGACUAUAUUUAGUAGGAACUUCUCGACCUCGCACACACACUCUUAGUUAGCCACAAUUCCUUUAUUUAACCUUUAUUUAUCCAGGUAAGGCAAUUGAGAACAGAUUCUCAAUCGAAAUGCCCAGCUGGCAGCAGACCGCAGAAUAAAACAAAACAUUAUCUAGCCAACCAGGUGGUCGGCAUUGUAAGGCAGUAAAAUGAACGAGUUUGCCUAAACAACCAGUCAACUCAGCUUAGCAACCAGCAAAAUAAGACCGCUCGCUGAGCCAACUAAAUUAGCCAGUAAACCAUUUCAGCUGAGCAAGCAGCUCCGACCAAGAAACCAGAACAUUUGAAACACAUUUGUCAUUUGAACAGCUUCACAUAUAAAUGCGCACACAGUACACAACAGUACCAAACAAGACUUUGAUGGAACAAAUCCUCACUUGCUCGGAGGAACAAGUCCUUUGUUUCGUGUCACCAAUCAGACCUUUUUCCAGGGCAAAAUGUACUUUG